AUGAUUGAACAGUGUGAGCUCGCUUAUCAGCUUAAUAAUCAUCCAAUUUACACAAUUUCGGAACUAUGGUCAUGCCUAGUUUCACUUUUUGCCAUUCCAUCACUAAUUUACUUUUUAACUCGAAAAGUUAUGCUUAUGAGAUUCCAUGGAAAUUUGAAAGUUUUACUUAUGGCGUAUUUCUCGAGCCUUCUACUACUUUCCACAGUGACUUUUUUAGGAUAUAUAUAUCAAAUCACUAGUUCACAAGCCUCAAAUUCAAAGUGCGGUCUUCUAUUAGAAUCAAAAAUAUUUAAACUUUCACACAUUCCAUUACUAUUCAUGUUAACAUGUUCACUGCUUCUACCAAUUGGUUUUUCAAUUGAAAGAAGUAUUGCAUUAAGAAUGGCCAAAAAAUAUGAGCAUGUUCGGACAUUUCUCGGACCAAUUUUAGUGUUCAUAUUGGUAGGGAUCGAUUUUUUAGCUGUUGCUGAUUUAGAAAACGAAACGUUUUCUGGACCUUAUUUAUCAUUUAUACUCGUUCCUUCAACUUCAGCUACUCAAUUUAACAUUUUCUUCGUUUUUUUACUAGCUGUACAAAUAUUCAAUCUAAUCUGCAAUUGCUUUCUUUUGAAAAUUCAACGACGAUUAAACUUGAGGUACCUCCGUCGUGAUUGCUCACUAUCAUUACGGUAUGAAAUGGAAGAAAUAUCUCAAUCUUCAAAAUUCACCUUGAUAGUGAGUUUCACGCAUGCGUUGUUUGCUGGUUGGUAUGUUAUUUGUGCCCUGCUCACAAGAAAACUUGGAGAGUCAUUCUUCAACUUUCCCAGUCUUCAAUAA